AUGAAUUCAGUGCCAGCACAAGUUCAAGAACCCCGUGAACCAGACCAACAUAGUGAAUGGCUGUCAUCAAAUCUUGGGUCACCUCUAGAUCAACAAUCAGAGGAUGAUGAAGAGCCUACAGGUGAUGCGGUGCGACUCAAGGGUCACUUCACAUCGUCGGAUCUCUUGAAUCCCUCUGAUGCUUUGGAUCUGCUGGCUCAUGUGGCUGAUAUGGAACCCGAGGGACAUGCACAAACGCAAGAUACUGAAGGUGAUCCCGAAAAUUCGACAAGGAUGGCAAACAUAUCCCAGGGUGUUUGUGACUAUCCACCGGUUACUUCUGGAGCAUUGACCCUUUCUGAGGCAUCCUUUCUCAUUGAACACGCAGCCUUCGACUCCAGCCGUAUCCUAGAACUAAUCGAACACGAACCAUAUCUCAUCACAGCCAUCCUCACCGUCGCCACAAAAGAUGAUCCCUCGUGGUCCAGGGCCCAUAAUGCCUGUGCAAGACACAUGGAGACUCAAAUCUCAAAGCUGAUAUACACUGGGUCUACCACCGUCGGUGCUGUAGAAGCAUUGUUGAUACUCGCUGAAUGGGCACCUCAGCCACUGGAAGAGAACCUCAUGAUCGGAUGUGGCAAAGAGGACCAGGGGUCGUGGAUGCUGGUUGGUGUUGCUAUUCGUCUUGCAUACCUUCAGAACCUUGAGCAGACUGGUCUUGUGCAGAGAGUUGAGGGUGCGCCGGAACAUCUCAGCAGAAAAAGGAUAGCUUGGGCUGGCGGAGAAUACGUGAGAUAUAUAGACGACUUCUCCUCAGUCCUCCGUAGAUGGAAACUCUCCUGGGGCGGUCUCAGCUUCAUCCCCCGCGUCAAAGCAUCUCUCAUGUUAUCGUAUGAUUUUCUUCGUCUAUAUAUCAAUGCAUUCGCUUUCCAGGCAAACCUAAAUCGCAUUGUCCGACGAUCAAAGAAGAGACCAUCGGGUCCUUUAUUCUCGGAACUCGCCGCUGCCCCAGACGCAAGGUUCAUUUACGAGUCUAUCGAUGCAGCAAAUUCUAUCUUGUGCACGCUCAACAGCUUCAUAGACCCUACCGAAGCCUUUAAGUAUAUGCCGCUAAAGUUUUAUCUUUACGUUAUCUAUGCUGCAGUAUUUCUGUUCAAGGCCAUUUUUGCUGGAGCUAUCAAACCGUCAGAAGCACGAGGUGUGCGACGUGCCAUCUACGAGACUAUUUCUCGUCUACAGAAAACCUCAAAUAAUCAACAGGGUCUCGGUCAGCGCUACGCUAGGUCUCUUAGGCUUCUGUGGCUGAAGAUGCUCGGAAAGUCAAGAUCACGGAACCCCGAAGUUGAAGGACGAUCAGACUCGUUGGCCUUGACCAGCCACGGAGCUUUACAGUCACAAGCUGAAUCAAGCGAAGGACAUAUGAACUCUGAUCCAUUCAACAGCUUUUCGUGGAAGGAUCUGCAUUCUUUGGGGGAGUUUAUAUCAAAUGAUGGGACCUCACUUUUCAAUGAUAAUUUCAUCAUAAGCCCAGAACAGGACUCGGUGCAAGGGGCCGAAGGACCUGAACAUUUCAGCGGGAACUUUUAUUCUGGCUCGCUGGGUGAGAUCGAUAUAAUUUUCUAA